AUGUCAGGUGAACCGGCCAGUAAACGGCAAAAGCUGGAAGGUGGUUCAAAGGUAUGUUGAAGUAUUAAUUAUAUUAUUAAUGACGCUCAGUGAUUCACAAUUUUUUUGUGGAUACGGAUAGUUUUGGCCUACAAAAAUCGGUAUCCGCAUCCCAUAAAAAAUCAUCGGAUAUCCGAAUUUCUGAAGUUUCGUAAACCUUUCGGAUAUUCCAGUUUUGGAACUAAAUUUGAUUUAAAAAAAUGUUCAAAAAUUUCAUAAAAGAAUUUUCUUUUGAGAUGACUUUAUUAAUCUAAUUUUGCUUGUAUUCGAGGUACAAGAUGACGCUGCAGUGUUUUUACGGCUUCAUGUAAAUUAGGCUGAUUUCUUGUAUCCCUCUUUUCUCGCACGUUGCGUACACACAUGUCCCUAAAAUCUAAGAAAAACUAAAAUAAUGCAUCUUUUUCUGUUUUGUCGUGACUAGAUUUUUAUCUGGUUUUUUACGUGUCUGUAUAUAAUGAUAAAAAUACGGAUACGAAGAAUCACUGAUGACCAUAUGUGUUUACGUUUAUCUAGUUUGAUACCUAAAAUAUUUUUUAAUUGAAAACUUGUAAACACUUCAAGGCUUUCAGGAUGGUUUCGACGAAGCAACGCAAAAAUAUCUAGAGGAGUUGGACAAGGUUCAAGGGGAAUUAGAUGUGUUGAAUGAAAAAGCGAGUGCGGAAAUUAUCGAAAUUGAAAAGAAGUACAAUCAGUUGCGGUCGCCUUUUUUUGAAGAUCGACAGAAGUUAAUUGAGAAGAUUCCAAACUUCUGGGUGACUGUGGUAUGCUUUAUGAUGUGAUAUUAUUUCUAUUUUUAGUUCACAAAUCAUCCAUUAUUAAACCACAUCUUGAGUGAACAAGAUGAAGAAGCUUUGCAUUACUUGAGUAGAUUGGAUGUGGUAAGAUUUUUGACAGAUUUUAAAAUCUUGUUCAGGUAGAAGACUUCGCGGAUGGAAAAAAUGGAUUCAAACUAAAGUUUUCGUUUGAUCUGAAUCCUUUUUUCACGAAUUCCGAUAUUGUAAAGGAAAUGACGACACCACCAAAUGGAGAACCCCAAGCCACAUGUACGAAGAUUGAUUGGAAACCGAAUAAAGAUGUAAUUCUAUAAUUUUGCGUACACUUAUUUUUAGUUAACGAUGAAGAAAGAUUCAGGCUUCUUCUCAUGGCUAGCCGAUGUCUCCGAACCAGCCGAUGAAAUAGCCGAAGUAAGGACUUUUCGAAAAAUAUUAUCAAUUGAAGCCUAGAAAUUAAUAAUUCCUCUCAGGUUUUGAAGGAUGAAGUAUGGGUGAAUCCAGUACAGUAUUUCCUCAUGCCGGACUUGAACGGUGAUGCUGAGGACUCUGACAUCGAACCAGACGAAGACGAUCUCCAGGAAUGA